AUGAGGAGCAAUGUGCAGUGUUUCAAAGUGAAUCAUAGGAUCAGCUGCCUAUUAUUUCUAUAUGUUAGCUGUGAAUAUCAAGACAUGACAAGAUAUGCAAUCAUGCACUGUCUUGGUUGCUACAGCUCUUCAUGUCACCUCAUCGCGACACCUUCUCUAAUUGUGCUAUGA